AAAACGAUUUUUUUCGAAUCCUAUUUUGUGUAGUCAAUUAUAAGUUGGAGUUUAAAUAAAAUAGUUAGGAGGUAAUACUAUUAUGGCACAUUAUAAAGGUGCUGCCAGCGAAGCUGGUCGCGCCAUGCAAUUGAUGAAAAAACGUGAACUAGCUCAAGCUGAAGUAGAAUUACGUAAGAAAAAAAUUGAAGAAGAUAUGAAACUUUCAAACAUUGAAAAUAAAUUUGCUAAGCAUUAUGAUGCAGUGGAAGCACAGCUUAAAAGUUCUACAAUUGGUUUGGUUACACUUGACGAAAUGAAAGCUAAACAAGAGACAAUUGUUCAAGAAAGAGCAAAAAGAUUAGUUCAAAAAGAAAAAGAAGUAGAAUUUGAAAAACAACGUCAGUUAGAAGCAAAAUUAGAAGAAAAAAGACGUCAAAAACAAAAGAUCCAAGCUUUAUCAUUUAUUGAAGAUAUUAAGGAAGAAGAUGAUGAUGAAAGUGAAAAAGAAACUGAAGAAAUAGAUGAACCUUCAACUUCACAACCAUUGACAAAAAAAAUUAAGAAAAAUCCAGAUGUAGACACUAGUUUUUUACCUGAUAGAGCUAGGGAAAAUGAAGAAAAUUGUUUGCGUGAAAAAUUGAGACAAGAAUGGUCUGAUAAACAAAAAUUUUUAAAGGAAGAAGAAAUUAGUAUAACUUUUAGCUAUUGGGAUGGUUCAGGUCAUAGGCGUACAAUUGUUAUGAAGAAGGGUAAUACAAUUUAUCAAUUUUUACAAAAGGCAUUAGAAAAUUUACGACGUGAGUUUGGAGAGUUAAAAACUGUAAUGGCAGAUCAAUUAAUGUAUGUUAAAGAAGAUCUUAUAUUACCCCAACAUUAUUCUUUUUAUGAUUUCAUUGUUGCAAAGGCUCGGGGUAAAAGCGGUCCUUUAUUUACAUUUGGUGUUCAUGAUGAUGUCAGAAUGAUGAGUGAUGCUAGUUUAGAAAAAGAAGACUCUCAUGCUGGAAAAGUUUUACUUAGAAGUUGGUAUGAAAGAAAUAAACAUAUUUUUCCAGCUAGCCGGUGGGAACCAUUUGAUCCAUUAAAAACGUUUGCCAAGUAUACAAUCAAAGAUAAAACUCAAAAACAUGAAGGAACUCAAAAAAAUUAAAAAAUGAUUUUCAUAUAAUAUACUUUACUUGUACUAUAAAAUUUGUAAAAAUAUAUAUUCACAUUUUAUCAA